GUCCCUUCUGUCCGGCGGGCAUCUCGCUGCUCCUGGAUUGGGGAGGUGUGACGUGGAUCAGGAAGUGUGUGAGAGUCCUGGGAGAGUACCGGUGCUGGUCUAUCAGUGAACAUGUCGCGGUCAGCUGCAAAAGUCGGGAACCUGAGAGAUAAGUUGGAUGGAAAUGAACUGGACCUGAGUCUGAGCGACCUGAGUGAAGUCCCAGUGCGGGAACUGGCUGCCCUCCCCAAGGCCACGGUGUUGGACCUUUCUUGUAACAAGCUUGCAACAUUACCGGGUGACUUUUGCUCUCUCACUCACAUUGUACGACUGGAUCUCAGCAAAAAUCAGCUUCUGCAGCUCCCAUCUGAAUUUGGGAGGUUGAUAAAUCUGCAGUACCUCGAUCUUCUACAAAACAGUUUGACUAUGCUGCCUGUGACCUUUGCUCAACUCAAGAGCCUGAAGUGGUUGGACCUGAAAGACAACCCGCUGAACCCUGCCCUGGCCAAGGUGGCCGGAGACUGCCUGGAUGAGAAGCAGUGCAAGGACUGUGCCCUGAGUGUUCUUCAACAUAUGAAAGUUAUCCAGGAAGAACAAGAGCGAGAUUUGCAACGCAAGUUUUUGGAAGAGCAAGUUCUGAAGAAGAAACGUGAGGCUGAGCAGAGACAGAGAGAGGAGAGGGAGAGAGAACAGAAGCGCAAGCAGAAAGCGAAGCAGAAAGCGCGUAAGAGGAGGGACUACAACGCCCUUCAAGCUGCUCAGCAAGACGUGAAAAAGGAAACAGAGAAAAAGGGCACAGAGAACCACAAAACCUCGGCGGGGGCCUCUCAGAAGAAGCAGCCGCAGAGGAGAUCAUGGAAAAGGCUGAUCCUGCAGAUGGUGGUGUUCUUGCUUAUGGUGACUGUGGCCGGUGUUGCGGUAUGUCGGUACACUGAUCUGCGGACUCAGAGUGUGUGCUCCAAUGUGAAUACAGUGUAUGAGGACACCGUGAGAACUCUGCAGAGCUACCACUUGGUGGAAAGCGUCCUGAAGUUCGGAUCACAGCAGUGAGGAUUGAAGACGGUUUUGUGCAUACGGAGAAAGUGUUGAAUUGGAGGGUAUUUUGUAUAGAAGGGCAUCACUGCUAAGCGUACAUUUCUAGAGUGAUCGAAGUGCAGUGUGUAAACAUCUCUCUGCCCCGAUUGGUUCAAAAUCCCACAAUUAUUACAUUUGAGUCUUUCUUUAGGUUUUGCUCCUCAUAUAUUACUUGUGAAUCUCAGAAUUCACAUGCAUGUUUAACCCUUUCCAGACAAUUCUUUAAAAGCGCUGGAGGCAUCGCAUGGGCUUCCCCUUCACGUGAUCACUGUGAUUGGCUGUCACAGUGAUCACAUGAUCUGCAGUCCACCCCACUGGCCCCUAAAUGUAAAUGGUGACCAGGAGCGGUCAGUGACAGCGCAGUCACAACUCGGUGGAAGCUGAGUGAGCGCAGUGACACCAUCUGUAUAUGACAGCUAAGGGUUAAAGCCCACCACUAUGCUGCCACAUAUAUUUGCAUAGAGCUGGUAGGAAGGGGUUUAAGGAAACUAACUCUUAAUCAAUGUUAAAGAGGAGCUGCAGUCUCCUAAUGAAAAAUGCAAUAAAAACAUCCCCCAUACUCCUUACAAUAAUGCUUUUAACAUUUGAAUACUGCUAAUAUAUAAAAUUAAGUGUUUGCUUGCCCCUGAUGAAAUGCUGGCGGCGGCCAUCUUAGGUAAGGGCAUCUGAAGUUGGUGUCAGUGAGUUACAGGAUUCAGUGCAGCUGAUUUACCCAGCAUGCACCUCUCAAUCUCGAGCAUGAGCAUCAGUACCAUGAGAUUACACUAGACUCCUAGGAGAGGUGACGCCGAUAUCCCAGGAGUCCUAGGGAAUCGCCUGAUGAUAUCAUUUCCUAGGCAGCCGGGACAGAAAGUGACAGCGAACUGAUUUUAAAAAAGAUAUUUUAUAAAUGAUAAAAAAAAAUGUACAAUAUCCAUUUUGCACUGCUGAUGGCCAUUAUAAG